AUAAGAGCACAAAUCCAGAGUGAAAGUAUUUCAGGAUCAGUUAGCACCUCUUUAUUUAUCCUUAGUUUAGUAACUGCAGCUCAUCCAUUGGAUUGGUUCAGAAAACGGUAGACAGACUUGGCUUUACUGAAUGGUCUUUCUAAAGCAACACAUGAAGGGUUAGUCCAGGUUGGGAUUGGAAGAACAGAACUAUGAAUGUUCUUUGUGAGAACACUUUGAACGGAGUGACCGGUGCAUAACAAUACUAUUCCACGGGAAGGAGUAUUUUGUUGCUUUGCUGAAAAGCGAAAAGGUGUAAAAAAAAAAAAAAAAAAAAAAACCGGACGGAAACUGCAUUUUUACCGAAACUGGAAUUUGAUUGUGCACUUCAAAAUCACGAAAAGGCUUAAAGAAAAGACAUUGAAAACUGUAGCAGUAUGGAAGAAAAUGAUCAUAAUAACCGAGAAGCGGACCGGCAGGAGUCGGGCGAUGAGUCCAACAGAGCCAUCAUUCCACUUCUGCAAGCGCCUGGGAACAUGCAGCUCCCGCACCGUAUUACCAACUUUUUUAUCGACAACAUCCUACGACCAGACUUUGGGCGGAGGAAAGAGGGGACCUGCACCCGUGAUGAGAGUAACCUCCCGGGGAGAGAGAACCACAGCCCCUCGGCUCCCGGAUCUGGGCAGAUAGGACUAGGGACUGUAGCGGGUGAAGGGACCUCUAACCCACACUAUGUUAACGGGGCAAAGAAGGGCGAAACAAUGAGCGGAGAAGCCCUGAAAGCCCGCGGUGAAAGUGGUGAUCAGUGCCAAAGCUCAGACUCGGACAGCUCCCAAGCCAGCUCGACUACUCCUUCGCAACCCAUGCUCUGGCCAGCCUGGGUCUAUUGUACUAGAUACUCGGAUAGGCCGUCAUCAGGGCCCAGAUCUCGUAAACCAAAGAAGAAGACCGCUAGCAAGGAAGACAAGCGGCCCAGGACUGCGUUCACAGCGGAACAGCUCCAGAGACUGAAGGCCGAGUUUCAGACAAACCGGUACCUGACCGAGCAGAGGCGGCAAGCUCUGGCGCAGGAACUCAAUCUGAACGAAUCUCAAAUCAAAAUCUGGUUUCAAAACAAACGAGCCAAAAUCAAGAAAUCCACGGGCAACAAGAACGCACUGGCACUGCACUUAAUGGCACAGGGCCUCUACAAUCACGCCACAUCAUCAAAAGAGGACAAAUCAGAUAGCGAUUAAUUUAAAAGAAGAAUGACAAUAUACAAUGCAAUAAUUUAAUAAAAUAAGGGCCAGUGUACAAAGUAUACCAGCAUUAAUAAUUACAAAAAUAAAGUGUAUUAGAUAUAAUUCUGCAAUAUUCUGUAUACAAGUAUAUCAUUGCAGGUAAGGUGUUGUUAAAAAAAAAAUGUUUUCAAUAUAUGAUUUUUUUUUUUUUCCAGAAAGUGUACAUGUUAAAAAGUGUUUUAGUUGCAUUUUAUGCCAAGCGCGUUUGAUGGGCGUUAUCGUUUAGCCACAUGUUUGACAGUAAAAAAUGAAAAAAAUAAAAUAAAAAAUAAAAAACCCAAUAUUGCUAAAGUCCAAAGAAUUGUCCUGCUGCAUCCUGGCAAACUGUGAAUCUAAUAGAAUGCUAAUGUUUGUUCUGCAAUGUUGUUGUUUUUUUUUGUCUGUGUUUUUUUUUAAGGACUUAAGCAAGAAAUAUGAUAUGAUUAUGAUAAAUCAAUAUUUGUGAUAACCCCAGACUUAAACAAAAUGUUUUUUAAAAAAAGUGUGUCCCAUAUAAGAGCGAUUAUAACUUUUUAAAUCUUUAUAAACAUAUUUUGUAUUCCAAUAAUAUGGUAAAAGGAAAGAGUUUGGUUUGUAAACUAGUUUAAUAAUGGAGUAAAUAAGACUUUGCUACCAAAUGUAUACGUUACAAAUUCGGUGAUAAACAUAUAUGUUAUUUUGAUCGAUUUCAUAUUUACACGUCUGUACAUCUUGUUUACAAUAGAAAUUGCAUGAUCGUCCUAUAGCUUCAAUUUCCAAUUGCCCGAUUGACGUGCUUAUUUCUUAUGAAAUAUCCGUGGGCCAAGCUUUUUCUUGUCCCACAGAACGAGCAGUGAUAACAUUAAUAAUAUAAUGGUCCGAGGCGCGCUACAAUAACUAUUUAUAUUGCUUGUCAGCAAUUGAAAACAACAGGAAGCACAAAGGAACGAGGGCCUGGAAAGACAUCAGCGCUGUCUCUGGUUACUUCGACAAGGAUAAACAGCGUUAAACGCCCCGAGUCACGUUUUCAAUGUUACAUAAACUGCAAUGUACAGGAAAUCAAACUUUUUUUAAGAAUUAAAAUACUCACUGGUCUUCGGAACACACUUCACUGUAAGGAUCGUUUUAAAAUCAAUGUGUGCAGUAUUGCUAUAGACAACAAGACAGCACAGUCAUUUACUGAGGAGAGAUAACAUUAACAGCGCGCAGUCCAAGUGAGCCUUCCUGUUUGUUAUAAUGUAUUUUAUUCUGGGGUGUUUGACUGAUUAUUUAUCAUGCAAUAAGAACUUCUUUCUGUGAAUGAAGACGCUGGGGCCUUUGCAUGGAAGCUGCAUUUUGUUAUAGCUGGGAAAAAAUGAACGUGUUUAUGAAUAGGAUUCUAGGUAUUUAUGAUGGUAGUCCAGAUGAAGGUUUAAAUUGCUAGACUAUCCAUACCAAAUUGUGGACGUUUUGUGUGUGUGUGUGUGUGUGUGUGACUUUACAUGUGUUUGUAUAUCUGAAAAGUGUGUAUGAACUUUAAAUCCACCAAACUAAACACACUUUGCCUUAAAGGUUCCUUUCAAAGACGAACUUUUUUGUAUUUCUUUACCAUACCGAACUGUGCUAAGAAAACAAAACAAAACAAAAAGUAUUCUGUUAAAUGCAUACUUGUAAGAACAAAUUGCCUUUUAUUUUAAUAGCUGGUACGACGGAAACGAAUACAGUGAAAAAAAAUCUAUAGAGAAAUAUGUUAAAAUAUUUGUGUUGAAUGAAACGCAAGGACAUUUUAUUUUAUGUGUUUAUGUUUUAAAGUAUGCCUUCUUAUAAAAAAAUAUAAUAAUGUACAUAAUUUGUAUGAUGUAUGUUUUAAUUGUGUAAUGAACUGCCUCUCAUAACUGGACUCGCAAAUAAAGCUCGAACGUUAUUUGCAGUA